UUACGUGACAUCAACAUUGUCAAAAUGAAAACGUAGAGGUUAGGAUUUCACGAAAUGAUGUGUCAAACUCGGAAUCGGUGAAUAAAUAUUACGUUUCUUAGUAAUUAUGAAAAAGUAGUAAGCGAAAAUACUAAUUCAAGAUGGCAGUUGUAAUAGAAACAACUCUUGGUGAUAUUACAGUAGAUCUAUACUUAGAACAGAGACCAGUUACCUGCUUAAAUUUUCUGAAACUAUGCAAGAUGAAAUAUUACAAUUUCAAUCUAUUUCACUCAAUACGUAGUGGUUUCAUUGCUCAAACGGGAGAUCCGACCGGUGAGGGUUCUGGUGGCGAGUCUAUAUGGGGCCUUAUAGAAGGGCCGCAAAAGCGUUUCUUUUCAGGGGAAAAAAUGCCUAAAAUACGUCAUACAGAUGCUGGUUUGCUAGCCAUGGUAUGCACAGAUGAUAUGAUGAUUGGUUCCCAAUUCUAUUUCACGCUGGCUCCUGACUUAGAUUCCUUAGAUGGAGUUCACUGUGUUAUUGGAGAAGUUACAGAGGGUCGGGAAAUAUUAAGUAAGUUAAAUGAAGUUAUAUGUGAUGAAUCACACCGUCCUUAUCAAGAUGUUAGGAUUACUCACACAGUUGUACUCGAAGAUCCUUUUAGAGAUCCUCCUGGGCUAACACCACCUUCCAGAUCUCCUUCACCGAGUGCUGAACGCUUAAGAGGUGGUAGAAUUGCGCCUGAUGAGGAAAUUGAUGAGACACAAGGCAGAACAGUUGAAGAAAUACAAGAAAUGGUUGAAGAAAAGGAAGCUAAGGCUAGAGCAACCAUUUUGGAGAUAGUUGGUGAUUUGCCAGAUGCUGAUAUUGCGCCUCCAGAAAAUGUACUGUUUGUGUGUAAAUUAAACCCUGUGACAUCAGAUGAUGAUUUAGAAAUCAUUUUUAGUCGUUUUGGGAAAAUUGUAAGCUGUGAAGUCAUAAGAGAUAAGAAGACGGGUGAUUCUUUACAAUAUGCAUUUAUAGAAUUUGCUGAUAAACAAUCAUGUGAAGAUGCAUAUUUCAAGAUGGACAAUGUAUUAAUAGAUGAUCGGCGAAUUCAUGUGGACUUUUCACAAUCUGUGUCAAAAAUGAGAUGGCUUGGAAAGGGUAGAGGUGUGAAGUAUUUUAAUGAUAAUGAACCACAAACUGUUAAGAGAGGCCAAGUAAAAUCUAAAUCUAGAAGCAGAGAAAGACAUUUACAUUCAAGUAAUGAUAAAGAAAAGUAUAGGAGUAGGAGCAAAUAUGAUAAGUCACAAAGUAGUAAUAGAGAUAAGAAAUAUAGCCAUGAAAAAGACCAUUCACGCCACAGAAAUGAUAGAGAAAGAAGUAGAAGUAAAUCAAGAACAAAAAAUCACAAAUCAUCAUCAUCAAAACGUGAAAGGAGCCCAUAUAGCAGUAGGAAAAGUUCUGAUAAGAGCAGAAAAGAAAAACACCAUAGUAACCAUUACAAUGAUAGAAAGGACCAUAGUUAUAAUAAUGAAAGAGAGAAACAUACUAAAGGUAAUGAAAUAGAAUCAUCUUAUAACAAACAUAAUGAAGAAAGUCAAAGACAUAUCAAAAAUAACAAUAGACGGGCAUCUCCAUCCCCUUCCAAAUAUGGUCACAUAGAGGAGAGACAUUCUAAAGAUAGAAAGAAAAGAAAAUCUCAAUCACCAAUCAAAAAUAUAGAAAAAAGGGAUAAAAGCUUGAAUAGUAAUAAAAGAAAAAAAUCUCCAUCUCCGGCUAAACAUGCCAAUAAAAAAGAAAUACAUUCUAAUAGUAACAAAAAAGAGAUAAACCAAUCUCCAACGAGAUAUACCGAUAAUUCUAAAACUAACAGAAAGGAGUCUCAUUCCCCUCCAAAAUAUGUUAAUGAUAGUAAUAGACAUUUUAAAAGCAAUUAUGUAGAGACAUCUUCAUCUUCCAUCAUAAAACAUAAAAAUCAAGAUGAAAUAAGCAGCGAGAGUUCUAGAAAUGAAAAGAAAUAUUAUCAACAACCUCACAACAUUGAACAUGAUUCAAAACACAAACGUAAACUUGAAAAUAGUGAAAUAAGUGGUAGUAAUAAAAAAACCAGACGGGAGCAGCCUCACACGCCAUCACCAUUAUGUGAAAAAGAAAAUGAAAAACAGGAACAAAACAAAAUCAAGAGUAAACAAACAAACAAAUCAAGUGACAGGAAGAAUAGGAAAUUGCAUAAAAAGAGGAAGCCGUCUACAUCUUCUGAUAGUUCAUCUGAAACAAGCACAUCUAGCAGUAGUACAAGUUCUUCAAGUGAAUCCGACAGUAAAAAGAAAAAGUUAAGAAGGAAAAGAAAGGAAUCAACUACAAGCAGCAGCAGUAGCUACUCUAGUGACAGUUCAAGUUCAACAAGUUCAAGUUCUACAAGCUAUAGUAGUAGUUCAAGUUCUAAUAGUGAUUGCAAGAAAAGAAAACAGAAGAAGAAAGUCAAGAAAGUAGUUAAAAAAUCUAGAAAGAAGUUAUAGUAGUUAAUUAUAGAAUGUAUUAAGCUUAUAGUACAAUAAAUGGUCUUUGAAAACUUUAAUUCUUUGUACAAUGAGAAUCAUUAGAAUAAAAUUUGUAUGAAUUAGCAAUGCAUUAUAUAAAUUGAGGCACAGUUUAUAUUUUCUUUACCAUUCUCAAUCCUCUAAGGCUAGUUUACUUUUAUUGACCAAUUAAUUCUAGAAUAAAAAAUAACUAACUUUUCAAACUAUGAAAAAGCAAAACUCAUAAAUAGUAACAUUGUCAAGCAAUAUAUUUUUUCAUUUCUGAAUAAAUGUAAUAUUUAUCUUUACAAA